AUGCUCCGCCUGUACCCGAUACCUGAGCUCCGCCUACCUGACCUGAGAACUGAUAAGACUCGGGCUUAUGGUUUAACAACAACUGUAGAUUCGAGACAGUUUACUGAUCACAAAAUCUCGUAUAUAAUGAAACUCCACAUGUCAAGUCUACACGGUUGUGAGAUCAACCCGCGUUCGGCGCCCUAUCUAUUGACAAAUGUCAAAAAUAAAUCAAAAAAUGGCUGGACGUUCAAGUGCUGUAGGAUAUGUGCAGACAAGAAGGCCGUGGCGGUGAAUACUGGUGAAAACGUGAAAUCUGCCACCAGUCCCUACACCGGCAAGUGUGGAAGCUGCCCUUAG